AAUAAUUCCAUUUCCUCUCUUUACUCUCACUGUAUAUAUUUAUUUCCUUCUGAUUCUCUCAGAAACUUGCAAAAUCAAAAUAAAAAAAAAUAAAAAAAUGAUAGCAACUAAAAAACUAGGAACAGCUUUAAUUUUACUCCAUUGUAUGUUAAUCAACUGCUUAGUAUCUGCUAAUUUCUUUAAGCCAUUCAAUGUGAGUUAUGAUCGCCGUUCUCUUAUCAUCGACGGUCACCGUCGCAUGCUCAUUUCCGGUGGAAUUCACUAUCCUCGAGCUACUCCUCAGAUGUGGCCUGAUCUAAUUGCAAAGAGCAAGGAAGGUGGGCUAGAUGUGAUUCAAACAUAUGUUUUCUGGAACGGGCAUGAGCCAGUGAGAGGGCAGUAUUUCUUUGAAGGAAGAUAUGAUCUUGUCAAGUUUGUGAAGCUAGUGGGAGAAAGUGGACUCUUUCUUCAUCUUCGCAUAGGUCCCUAUGUUUGCGCCGAAUGGAAUUAUGGGGGGUUCCCUGUGUGGCUGCGUGAUAUCCCUGGCAUAGUUUUUCGAACAGACAAUGCGCCUUUUAAGGAGGAGAUGCAAAGGUUUGUUAAAAAGAUUGUGGAUCUGAUGCGAGAGGAAAUGCUCUUCUCUUGGCAAGGUGGUCCAGUUAUCAUGUUACAGAUUGAGAAUGAAUAUGGAAACAUUGAACACUCAUUCGGACCAGGGGGGAAAGAAUACAUGAAGUGGGCUGCCAGAAUGGCUCUAGGGCUUGAUGCUGGGGUUCCAUGGGUGAUGUGCCGGCAAACCGAUGCUCCCGCAAGCAUUAUAGAUACAUGCAAUGCAUACUACUGUGACGGUUAUAAGCCAAAUUCAAAUGACAAACCGAUAUUUUGGACUGAGGAUUGGGAUGGUUGGUUUACAACUUGGGGUGGAAGCUUACCUCAUAGGCCUGUUGAAGACCUUGCCUUCGCAGUGGCACGGUUUUUUCAACGUGGAGGGAGCUUCCAAAAUUAUUAUAUGUAUUUUGGAGGAACAAACUUUGCCCGGACUGCUGGAGGCCCAUUUUAUAUAACAAGUUAUGAUUAUGAUGCGCCAAUUGAUGAGUAUGGUCUGGUGAGCGAGCCCAAAUGGGGACAUUUGAAAGAUCUGCAUGCUGCUAUAAAACUCUGUGAACCGGCUCUAGUUGCUGUAGAUUCAGCCCAGUAUAUAAAAUUGGGACCCAAACAAGAGGCACAUGUAUACCAUGCAAAUGCUUAUGCAGAAGGCCUGAACUUAACUCACCAUGGAACUCAAAGCAGAUGCUCUGCAUUUCUUGCUAAUAUUGAUGAACAUAGAGAAGUCAAUGUGAGAUUCCUUGGUCAGUCGUAUACAUUGCCGCCAUGGUCAGUGAGUAUUUUACCAGACUGCAUGAAUGUUGUGUUCAACACUGCUAAGGUUGCGGCACAAACUUCUAUCAAGCCUAUGGUACUCACUCUGCCUUAUGUUCUGGAUAAUUCUGCACCCAAGAAACUCAUGGCUCAUAAUGAAAGUUCUCUCAUAUCGUCAUCCUGGGUGACGGUAAAAGAGCCAAUUAGUCUUUGGAGUAAGAACAAUAUCACAGCUGAAGGCAUUUUAGAGCAUCUGAACGUGACAAAGGAUGAAUCUGACUAUCUGUGGUAUUUCACCAGAAUAUAUAUUUCUAAUGAUGACAUUGCAUUUUGGGAAGAAAAAGAGGUUCACCCUGCACUCACAAUAGACGGCAUGCGUGACGUGUUGCGCGUGUUUAUUAAUGGCCAGCUUACAGGCAGCAUGAUUGGCCGUUGGGUCAAGGUAGUGCAGCCACUCCAGUUUCAGAAAGGUUAUAAUGAAUUAGUGCUAUUGUCUCAGACAGUAGGUUUACAGAAUUAUGGUGCCUUCCUAGAAAAAGAUGGAGCGGGUCUUAGAGGUCAAAUUAAGCUUACUGGAUUUAAGAACGGAGAUAUAGAUCUCUCACACAGAGUGUGGACCUACCAGGUGGGCCUUCAGGGUGAAUACCAGAAAAUAUAUACUGCUGAAAAUAAUGAAAAGGCGGGAUGGACUGUUUUGACACGUGAUGAUAUUCCCUCGACAUUUACCUGGUACAAGACAUACUUCGAUACACCAGCUGGAACAGACCCACUUGCUCUUGAUUUUGGAAGCAUGGGAAAGGGCCAGGCAUGGGUCAAUGGACACCACAUAGGAAGGUACUGGACUCUGGCUGCUCCAAAAGAAGGAUGCCAGGUGUGUGAUUAUCGGGGAGCUUACGAUUCAGAAAAGUGUAGAACAAACUGUGGAAAGCCUACUCAAAUAUGGUAUCACGUCCCACGGGCAUGGUUACAGACAUCGAACAAUCUAUUGGUUAUCUUUGAGGAGACAGGAGGAAACCCGUUUGAGGUUUCGGUUAAGUUGCGUUCGGCGGGUGUGGUCUGUGCUCAAGUGUCCGAAACCCACUAUCCACCUCUCCAAAGGUGGAACCAUACAGGUUUUAAAGAUGGAAAUGUUUCAGUCAAAGACAUGACACCAGAAAUGCAAUUACAUUGUCAAGAUGGAUAUAUUAUCUCCUCCGUAGAAUUCGCUAGCUAUGGAACUCCUCAAGGUAGCUGCCAGAAGUUUUCCAAAGGCAAUUGCCAUUCAUCGGAUUCAUUGUCUGUCGUGUCGAAGGCAUGCCAAGGAAAAAAUGCGUGCAAUGUCGCGGUCUCAAAUUCCGUGUUUGGCGACCCAUGCCGUGGCACUGUAAAGACGCUGGCCGUGGAGGCAAAAUGUGUGUUAUCAUCAGAUAUUGGAUUGGCUCAAAAUUAACGCCAUAAUCAUGAGCACCUCCUUGUAUUUCUGAUGAGCUGAUAAGAAGUGUUUACAGUUUGAAUCCUUUUUCUAGGAGUGCUUUGGCUUCCUUUUUCAGGCCUGUCAAAUACUCUCCUUUAACAAAAUAAUUUAAUUUAAUAAUAACACUUCAAUAAAUAAUUAAAUAAGAUUAUUCUAAA